ACCGUGGUCGCGUUCAGGUUAGUUCCGUAGUCGCAAGGUCGUCCAGUAGUGAUUCAAAGUAGCUCAAGAAUAUGUGCGCGUGAGGUCGAGGUACCAUGAAACUACCAUCGGUGCUGUUUUUUGGGUUUUUAUUACGUUUCAGUACUGCAGUUUCAACCCCACAAAUAAUAAAAAAUUCAACCGAUCCAGUAAUCAACGCAGGCGAUGAUUACCAGCUAGCUUGCCAAGGCCUCGAUGGCCCUUUAAAAUGGACUUAUCCAAAAAUAUCUGAUAAUGAAAAAAAUAAGUGGACUACGUUUUAUGUUGAAAAUGCAGAUUACAGGUCGGUAUUACACAUCAAAAACAUGUCUUAUCCAUUUGUAGGCAAUUAUACUUGCCAUUAUGAAUCCAUGCCAGAUUUAAUGGAUCAAAUUUACUUAUACGUCAAUGAUCCAGACCAUCUUUCAGUAGAAUGCGACGAUCCCCCAGCCGAAAACGAAUUCGGCAAUUGCAACUUGAUAUUUGCCGUACAAUACAGAGAAGCCACAAUUCCUUGCCGACCUACGAGUCCAGAUAUAGAAGUCGAACUGUUGGAUUUCGGAAACGACGAUGAGAAAUUUGACCCAAAAAUUGGAUUCACUUUUAACGUAACUGACUUACAAUUUAAUAACAAUUAUAUUUGUCAAUUUUCUCGACCAAACAUCAAUAGUAGAGAAUUCUUAUAUCUCUUUACCAUGGAAGUAGAGUCUCCAAAAGCUUUCAUAGCUACACCUUAUAUAGAAGCCAUUUCCAGGAAUCAUACAGAAGUUGGUCAAAAUCUCGUUCUAACUUGUAUUUUACAAGAUGACCGCAAGACUAUUCAGUUUGUAUGGAAGACGCCUCAAGGAGAGUUUUCUGCAAAUGAUGCCAAAAACUCAAGGGUAAUCGUCCACACUACCAAAGAACAUCCAACCAAAAUUGCAAAUCAAAAACAUUUAAACUCCACAAUAACUGUCUAUGAUGUUUCUCUAGAAGAUUCCGGAAUAUAUUCUUGUGAAGUAAGAGACAAACAAGGUAAUCACGCCCAAUCGGCCAUUGCAGAAUCAAUUAGAGAUAAGGAUAGUUGUUUUGUAAAUAUACAAGUGCAACACGAUCAGGAGUAUUUGGAGGUCGAUGCUGGUGAAUAUCCGGCCACAUGGAUUUUGGAUAUAAUGGCUCAUCCAAGUCCGGAUUUAAUAUGGUAUGACAAUGAAGGCCAACCAAUAAGCCACCAUGACAAAAAAUACUCAAUAUCUCGCUCAACAGUCCAGGGAAUCGACAAAAUAAUGUUCAACGUAAUUAAACCAAAUUUGGAUUCUGAUGGUAUUUACAGACUUCAAGCCAUUUCUCGUAGACCUUACCAAACUUACCAGUGUCCACAAGAAGCUAACGUUUGGUUGAACUUAACUGUUUGUGAUAAACCUUCAGUUUGUAUAUCAUCAACACAAGAAACCUGUGAAAAUACUUCCAAUGAUCAAAUAAUAUUUAUUGUAAAUGAAGAAGUCGAUUUACAAUGUACUGCAAAAGGAAAUCCAAUGCCAAGAAUCACUUGGGCCCAAGAAAAAUGUUAUCAAGGAAAAUGUCAAUUUGAAGUGGUAAAAGUUGCAUCUCAACAAAAACCAAUAAUGACUUCAAAAUUUUCUAUACAAGAAAAUUUUAAAAUCACCAAAGAGGGAAAACUCAAGUGCAUUGCAACCAAUAGAUUUGGAGAAGAAAAUGCUACUGUAACUUAUUACAUGUCAGAUGUGAAAGAUGGCUUUGAAGCAUUCCAAUUUGGACUUGAGGCAAAUGUUGCCAACAAUGAAGUAGUUGUGGCUAAAAAUGGUGCUUUAACUUUCACUUGUGGAGUUUCACCCAAAAAAUCAAAAACUUUGGAAGUGUUUUUGAAUAAUAAAAGGCUAGACAGCGAUGGAAGUCACCAAAUAAGCAAAACAUCUAUGGGCUUAUCAAAUAAAACCACAAUCACACUGAAUAAUGUACAGUUAAAUGAUUCUGGAAAUUACAGUUGCCGGAUCAGAAAUCUUAAUGACAAUUCGUAUGAGUAUCGGAAUAUUAGUUUUUUGGUCAAAGAACCGAUUGAACCAGUAAUUUUGGAUAACAACCUUAACGAUGGAGUGAUUAUUGAUUAUCCAAACUUGAAAUAUGCACUUUAUUGCAAUAUUUCUGGUAUACCUAAACCUACAGUGAGAUGGUACAAGGAACAAAAACCCAUAGAAGCUUCAAACAGAAUCACAUUUGAAAAUGACAAUACUUUGAUGAGAUUCAAUAAUACUCUUGUAGAAGAUGAAGGUGUUUAUCGUUGUGUAGCCACAAAUUCACAAGGACUGGCUUUCAAAGAAGCCCCUCUAAAAUUUAAAGAUAAGCCUGUAUCAGUAGCAAUUUACUAUUACAUUACUGGUGUCAUUGGAUUGCUUUUACUUGGAGCUAUUAUUUAUAUUAUUAUUGCUAGACGAAAAGAGAGGCAAUUACGUCACGAAUUAAAAUUACUAGGCCUGGAAAAUUUCCACAAAGGCAGCCCGGAAAAUCUCAACCCAGAAUUGGGUAUCGACGAUCAAGCCGAACUAUUGCCUUACAAUAAAAAAUUCGAAUUUCCCAUAGAGCAAUUGAAGAUUGGUAAGCAAUUGGGUUCUGGUGCUUUUGGUGUAGUGAUGAAAGCAGAAGCUACAAGGAUAAUCGAAGGAGAAGCUAAAACUAUUGUAGCUGUUAAGAUGGUUAAAAAGAAUGCUGAUCAAAGCUACAUAAAAGCUUUGGCAUCUGAGCUAAAAAUAAUGGUGCAUUUAGGCAAGCAUAUCAAUGUUGUCAAUAUUCUUGGAGCUUGUACCAAAAACGUAGCAAAACGUGAAUUAUUAGUUAUUGUAGAAUUUUGCCGCUAUGGCAAUUUACAAAAUUAUUUAUACAAACAUCGAGAAAGUUUUAUAAAUCAAGUUGACCCAUCUAAUGGGUCGAUUGAUUACAAUAUUGGAGCUGAUAUUUUGGAAAGAUCUUAUUCUGUUUCAAGUGACAAUGGAAGUCUGUAUCCUAGAUCUUCUUCCAUAUUACGCUCUCACAGAGGCAGAUCCAACACAACUCUAAGUCAAAAUACUCAAGUCACUUCAGUGGGUGACGACAGCGUAAUUUUAAGUAACAACAGCACUCAACAGCCAGAAUGGCGAUUGAAUUACAAGGGCGAUUAUCGUGGCGAUGUCAGACCGAUAUCUACAAGAGAUUUGGUUGCUUGGUCGUUCCAGGUAGCCAGAGGUAUGGAAUAUUUGGCUUCCAGGAAAGUGCUUCAUGGAGAUUUGGCUGCCAGGAAUAUUUUGCUGGCCGAUAAUAAUAUCGUUAAAAUUUGCGAUUUUGGUUUGGCCAAGACCAUGUAUAACGAUAAUAAUUAUAAGAAGACGAGCAAUAAUCCUUUGCCAGUAAAAUGGAUGGCAAUAGAAUCCAUAAGAGACCGAGUAUUCUCCACACAAUCCGACGUAUGGUCCUACGGCAUAGUCCUAUGGGAAUUUUUCUCUUUAGCUAGAACCCCAUAUCCAGGCAUGGAAGUCGACGAACGCUUAUACCAUAAACUCGUCGAAGGAUUCAGAAUGGAAUCUCCUAUUUACGCGCCAUCAGAAAUGUACAAAAUUAUGUUAGAUUGUUGGAACAUAAAGCCAUUAUCCAGGCCAUCUUUUACGAAGUUAGCCGAAACUAUUGGGGCCCAUUUAGAAGACAGUGUACGAAAGCAUUAUGUUGAUUUGAAUGACCCUUUUAGAAAAAUGAACAUUGAUAAUGUGGAAAAUGAUUAUUUAGGCAUGUUAAGCCCUCCGUCUUUUGAUGUGCUUUCCACUCCUGCGCCUCAUUACGUUAACGCAGAAAUUUUUGAAUCUCCAAAACCUUACAUUUUUAUGGGGGCAAAUAAUAAAAAUAAUGCUGAAAAUGUUUUCAAUUUUCAAAGAAGCAAUAAGGAUUUAAAAACCGGUCAAGAGUUGAGACCCAUGCUGAAUUCAAAUAACGAAUCAUCGGAUAGUGAAACUGGUUACUUGACUCCAAUAACGCCAUCGAAUAGCAUUUCGAAUCCUACUUAUCUUCAAAUGACUAGUCCAGAAGUGCCAGAUAAUUACGUCAAGUUGCCUCAGUACAAAGACCUUGUAAAUAGUACUAGUAAAAAUAGUGCCAAUAAUUAUGUGAAUGAUUGGAAAUCUACAGAAGUUUGAACAAAAAUGUGUGCCAUUUUUUUUUGGAGCAUCGAUCAAAGAUCUCUUAUGUUAUUUAUAAGUAAUGUAAUAUAGUUUAUAUUUUGUUUUAAAUAAUUAUUUGUACCUAUAGUUUAUUUCAUAUAAUAUCAGCAUUAAAAACAGGUAUUCCUUUAGUUUUAAGGUUGGUUACAGCAAAAACACUUCCAGCAGCUGGUGAUUUCAAUUUUUCUUCUUCACUCAAUGAUAUUCUAGAAGUAGUCACAAAUAGAAUGUCUAAGUUAGGACCACCCCACAUUACUGAUGAAACAUCUCUUGCUGGGAUAGCUAUUGUCU